AAAAAUCUUGAUACAGUAUACAAUGCUAUGUGUUUGUAUGGUGUGUAGUGUAGUCAGUUUGCCCGGCAGCCUCGCGAAGCAGGGGCGGGCGAUAUUCUGGAAGGGCUCCGGUUUUCGGCAGCGCUCUAGCAGAGCCGCGCAGCGUAGCACCAAACUUCUGAUGCCUCCAGAAUGAAACUGUGCCUGUUCAUUCUCUUCGUUGCCGUCUCUUGAUUUCGACCUCUGUGAAUAACUGCAUCGGCGAACCCACGUUCCUUGACUCCUGCAGCCAGACCGGGUUGUUGUACCAUAGCACCGGGGCUUUCCGCGCUCCAGGUCGGCGGUGGCUGGUUGUUGUGGCGCAAAGCAGAGCAGAGCCAAACAUACAGGAUACACAAGGGGUUGAGAAAGACUGACUCUUCUUUGGAGAGGGAGAGGCGAUCCGUGCUGUGUCUGAUUUCACGAAUUUGGACUGUAUGCUUGGAGGGGAGGCAGAAAAUAAUGGUCUUAGCAACCGCGCGCGCACCGGAUAGUACUAUGCUGAAUACUAUUUAGCAAACUGGUUUGACAGCUCGUAUGCAAGUGUUUAUUGUUUGUCCUAUCAGAUCGGAAUUAGACAUUCGUUUGGCAAAAUGAAGACACCGUUGCGCACGAAAUAGCUAAAUCGAUAUGUUCUUUUAAGACUAAAUUAUCUAUCCAUGGUAUCAGUGUUGUUCCCCGUGCUGCGUUCUGCGCAAACUGGGAAUCCUCUUGGGUAAAUUUCCUAUUUGUAUUUAUGUAUGAAAUACGCAUUAAAAGGCAUAAUUAUUGAAAGGACAGAAGCAUGGCAGCAACAGAUUUCAGUGUGACAAACAUUUGUAUUUAGAAUAUCACUGUUAACUAAUGUUUGGGCUGAAGCCUAUAUUCAUUCUCAGAUGAAUAAUUUUGUACGAUAUUCGCUGCAAUUCCGGAUUAAAAAUUCAUAUUCAUAUGUGUUAACAUAUGCGCCUUUUGUGCACAUUUUCGGUCAGGCAAUCGUGUAAAUGUCUCCUGAAAGAAGUCAUAAGUCAAAGCAAUAGUGAAUGGUAGUUGUUAUUAUUCAAUGGUUGUUUAUUGUAAAUGCUAGUUAUAUUGGUAAGCAAGUUAACUAUCAACCGUUGUGGUUUAACUUCAUAAAGAGCGCGACCGUACGACCCGUCCACCGAUCGCGCAGGUUUGAGGUGAGUGAGGGUUGACCAGUGUCUCAAUGCGAGCGCAGGGUCUCUGGUCUCUUUUAUAGAAGAGGUUGGGCUCCAUAUAGGUCGGGCUGUGCAUAUGUGUAAUCAAACCAAUGAGAAUCCCUUGCGCGUCUGGCACACGGGCAGUGAGACAGCGCAACAAACUCUGGGAAGAAGAGAAGCGAUUGUAAUUUAGGGGGUGUAUCCCUUGUUUAAGACGCUGUAUGGCAAAGCCAAUCGCCAGAUGUUUGUGUUUCUAACUCAGAUUUUGAGACUAAGCAGAACGCCGGUUACUACGCGGAGGCUCAUUCGCUUAUCCAAGCCACUUUUAGCUUAAGUACACAAACGAUCUGCGCUCCAUCUCUCUUGCUCACUGUACGCACAGGAUUACGCCAGUUUGGUCGUCUAUUUUGAGGAGCCGCAACGUUUUUUCUGUCAUUCUUUAACAGGCUGAAGGAAAUGGCAAAGGAGAGAGGACCGCGUCUGGCAGAGAGCAUAGGAAACCAGAGCUGAAUGGCAGGAUGCAAGCUACCUGAAGACGCACAAAACCCCACAUUUCUACAACGAGCUUUUUUACGCGUUCUUUUGCUUUCCUUCCUUUCAAACGAGAGACCUGCGAAAGGAUUUAUCCACACGAUCACUUAAGGAUUUUCCUUUUUCUUAAUUUUUCAAUUUUUGAUUAUUUUUCAGACCCUGAACUCUAGGAGUCGAGGAUGCAUUUUGGAUUAGUGUUGAUCCUUUUUACGGGAAUCUUUCUCAUCGCCAAAGCUUUAAAAAAUGACAAAUGUGGGGAUAAUAUAAGAAUAAGUAGCGCAAAUUACCUCACCUCACCCGGUUACCCGCAGUCUUACUACCCGUCUCAAAAAUGCAUAUGGGUGAUUACAGCGCCCGGACCGAACCAGAGAAUUCUGAUCAACUUCAACCCGCACUUUGACCUCGAGGACCGGGAGUGCAAAUAUGACUAUGUGGAAGUGAGGGACGGGGUGGAUGAGAGCGGUCAGCUGGUGGGGAAGUACUGCGGGAAGAUCGCCCCCUCUCCGGUAGUCUCCUCCGGGAACCAGCUCUUCAUCAAGUUUGUGUCCGACUACGAGACGCAUGGAGCUGGCUUCUCCAUCCGCUAUGAGAUCUUCAAAACAGGUCCGGAAUGUUCCAGGAACUUCACCUCCAGCAGCGGAGUCAUCAAGUCUCCCGGCUUUCCGGAGAAGUACCCCAACAACCUGGACUGCACCUUCAUGAUCUUCGCCCCCAAGAUGUCGGAAAUCAUUCUGGAGUUCGAGAGCUUCGAGCUGGAGCCGGACCCUCAGCCACCUGCUGGAGUGUUCUGCCGCUACGACCGCCUGGAGAUUUGGGACGGAUUCCCCGGAGUUGGUCCAUAUGUUGGCAGAUAUUGUGGGCAGAAUACACCCGGACGGAUCAUAUCCUACACCGGGAUCUUGGCUUUGACAAUCAACACGGAUAGUGCCAUUGCAAAAGAGGGAUUCUCAGCAAAUUUCACUGUUUUGGAAAGGACGGUCCCAGAUGACUUUGACUGCACUGAGCCCUUGGGCAUGGAAACCGGUGAAAUCCAUUCAGACCAGAUUGCGGCUUCAUCCCAGUACAACCAGCACUGGUCUCCGGAGCGUUCUAGACUGAACAGCCCUGAAAAUGGUUGGACCCCCGCGGAGGACUCGAACAAGGAAUGGAUUCAGGUUGAUCUCGGGUUCUUGCGCUUUGUAUCUGCAAUCGGCACGCAGGGAGCCAUCUCACAAGAGACCAAGAAGAAGUACUAUGUGAAGUCCUAUAAGGUGGAUGUGAGUUCAAACGGGGAGGACUGGAUCACUAUUAAGGAUGGCCCAAAACAGAAGGUUUUCCAGGGGAACACCAACCCUUCAGAUGUGGUUAAAUCCAAACUUCCCAAGCCCACGUUGACACGAUACCUCCGGAUCCGACCCUAUGCCUGGGAGGCCGGCAUCGCUCUGCGUUUCGAAGUGUACGGAUGCAAAAUCUCAGAGUACCCAUGUUCAGGCAUGUUGGGAAUGGUCUCAGGCCUCAUCACAGAUGCCCAGAUCACAGUCUCCUCCCACACAGAGCGCACAUGGGUGCCGGAGAACGCCCGUCUGCUGACCAGCCGCUCGGGUUGGACGCUGUUGCCGCAGCCUCAACCCUACGCGGACGAGUGGCUGCAGGUGGAUUUGGGUGAAGAGAAACUGGUCCGAGGUUUGAUCAUCCAGGGAGGCAAACAUCGAGAUAACAAGGUCUUCAUGAAGAAGUUUCGACUGGGCUACACUAACAACAUAUCCGACUGGAAAAUGGUGAUGGACGCCACUGGCAAUAAACCCAAGAUUUUCGAGGGGAAUUUGAACUAUGACACACCAGCGCUGAGGACCGUGGAGCCUAUAUUGACACACUAUAUUAGAGUAUAUCCAGACAGAGCCACUCCUGCUGGUAUGGGACUUAGAUUGGAAAUCCUGGGCUGUGAAAUGGAAGGUAAGUUAAAAAAUCUUUCACAGACUGUACGUGAUCUCUCUGCAGCCUUCUUGUGGUUUGCCUGUGACUUCGGCUGGGCGAACGAUCCCUCAUUUUGUGGCUGGAUAUCAGAGGACAGCGGGUUCAGGUGGCAGAUCCAGUCCAGCGGAACACCAACUCUAAACACCGGCCCCAACAUGGACCACACAGGUGGAUCAGGAAACUUCAUUUACACGCUGGCAACAGGUGCACAGGAGACGGAGGUGGCUCGGUUAGUGAGUCCAUCAGUGUCCGGGCAGGACUCGGAUCUGUGCCUGUCCUUCUGGUACCACAUGUUCGGCGCCCGCAUCGGCACGCUGCACAUUAAGCAGCGCAGAGAGAGCAGUAAGGGCACAGCUGAUGUGCUGCUAUGGACUGUCAGCGGUCACCAAGGCAACCGUUGGAGGGAGGGGCGAGUGCUGAUACCACACUCUAAUAAACUCUACCAGGUGGUAAUUGAAAGUGUAGUGGAAAGGAAAAGUUGGGGAGACAUUGCAGUGGACGACAUCAAAAUCUUAGACAAUCUGAACAUUAAUGAAUGUAAAGACCCAGAUGUCCCAGCAGAUCCAAUUCUACCUGAAGACAACUUUAAUGAAAUCAUCGUGGACAUCACAGAUUUCCCUGAGAUUGUUGAAAACCAUGAGAUCAACGGAGCAGGGAACAUGCUGAAGACGUUAGACCCCAUACUCAUCACCAUCAUCGCUAUGAGCGCCCUGGGAGUCUUCCUCGGCGCCAUAUGCGGCGUGGUUCUCUACUGCGCCUGCUCCCACAGCGGCAUGUCCGACAGGAACUUAUCCGCCCUGGAAAACUAUAACUUUGAGCUAGUGGAUGGUGUCAAGUUAAAGAAGGACAAGCUCAACUCACAGAACUCGUACUCUGAAGCGUAACGCGCUAACUAAUGAGAGGGAACCUCUCUUCAGGGAGGGCGGGGCUUAAAAUGGACUGCCGACGCCACCCGAUUGGAGGAGGACAAGGCUCUAUGGUUCAGGGAACCGAUGGGUGGACGUCCGGGACUGAGCCAUGCUUUUCUCAGGAGCUGCAGUGAACGGAACCUACCAGUAGGGGACACUGUGUACAAAACAUUGAGUACAAGGAUUUCAAAGAAAAAAUCAAAAAUGAACCAUAAGAAUAUGUACAGAUGAUUGAAAUGAUUAGUUUAAUUUUUUAUUUGAUUGGUUUUGUAUUAUUUUGAGUUGAUCGUUUUUACAAUCGGAUGCUGGUGUUGAGACCAAUAUAUAAUAAUGUUAUAAAGUAUUUAUCUUGUUUUUUCUAGGAGGAAAAAUCAUUUAUUUUUAUUUUAAAAGAUUGUUUUGCGCUUUAAGGAGAUGUGUAAAAACCCCAAAUGAACCAUACGUGGCUAACAGAAGGCAAAUACCCCACGGUAGGGCAAAAGGAUCAAAGGGGGUGGAAUAUCAUCCAGCCCUGUUGCAUUCUGGGUAUGGUUCAGUCAGUGCCUUUGGUACAUCUUUUUUGGCCUCCUUUGUUGAUUUUUGUUGUUUUUAACCCUUUAGUUCCUAAAAAAGGAUGUUGGUAAAAUCUGCAAAACGGACCCAGUUAAUUCAUAGCGCUUUAAUGUUAAAAAUCCUGCAUAUUGUAUAUAAGUUUUAAUAUAUUUUAAUGCCCUUUUCAAAGAAAUGAGUAAAAGGACAAAAAAAAGAAGAAGCUGCAGUAUCCCUUUUUUCCCGGGUUGUAUGUUGUAAAUACAAUCGUCUGACUGUUUUGUGAAAGUGAAAAUUGUGUGCUUUAUUUCGUCCCGUUUGGUUAUUUUGCUACAUUUCCAAAAGAUGCAGCUCUUGUUCAAAACAGGUGUUAAUACAAAUCUAGUGCACAUUCACAUCCCAUUUCAGGAUGGGAACAGCAUCUUAUACUCUCAAACAUUUCAUUCAAACCUUGCAGUGAUUUUGUUGUAAUAUUAGAGAGAACGUCAAUUUUCUGGUCCAUUUACCUGGAAUUCAGAUUUAUGGGUGGACAUCGGAUCCUAACAUGCAAGCCUCUCAUGCACAACGAUAGUAAGAUAAUCACACUCAGAAUGUCUGUCUGUCCAUCCAGCAUACCAAAAAACGAAAAAAUAAACCCAUCAUCAUUGCCAUGCUUUGAUUUAAAGUAAUGAUCCCUGAAUAUUUCAUCUGCCUCUCUUCAAAGUGCUCAUUUGUCCAUCAGUCCGUCUUGAAUAAAACUAUUUUCAGGGGGAACUGUCAUUUUAAGAGUGGUGCUAUUUAAGUCUUAUCCGCGUUUUAGCACAUCAUGCAUUGCCUACUAUUCAUGUGCUUGUGACAUCACAUCAUGAUCCUUGGUUGAGUGAGUGGAGUUCUGUCAUUGGCCUUGUGUCUGUACCAAAGGACUGUUGCCUCAAACUGCAGGGUCCAAUCACAACCUAUAUUAUCUUCAGGCAUCUCAAGACGGCGUUUGGAAAGGGGUCAAGCUAAUAAGGACACAUUUGACAUCCAUUAACAUGUUUACAUAACUGGUUUUAUCACUCACUGUCAUUCUUUGAUUCAGAAGUGAGAGGACUGGCGAGUGAACCCGUACUUGGCAAUGGCUACACAUGUAACAGGGCUUCACUGCUGACAAUACUAAUGCUUUCUACAGGUUUCUUGCUAUGUUCAUGUACUGUGUUGUAUACUGUGGCGAACACACUUUUUCAUUUAUUUCCGGUAGAUACAUGAAUCCACGUGUCGAUGCUACGUGUGUGUCAGUUGAAACUAUAAAGGCGACUGGCUUCAGUCGGGAUUCUGUGAGAAAGCAUACUGUAGCAUUAACUAAAAGAAACAAUGUUGCACUGAUCAAUAUAUUUGAUGAAGUUUAUGUGUUUAUAGCAUUCAUUUGUAAAAAAGAAAAUGGAAAUAAAAAACACAGUGUUCAUUUUUUUAAAAAUAGUUUCAGAAUAUGUAAUACGAUUCUGAAAUGGUCAAAUAUCAAGAUGUUUUCAUUAUUGAAAAAGGUAUACAGAUUUCCUAUAGUAAAGUUCCCAUUUACCUGA